CUUGUCGACGAGCUUUCGUGCUGAGCGGUUGGUGCGGCGUGAAUUGUUUGCCUUUGGUUCACUUUGCUUUGCUUUGCGAUUCGAUCGUUCGAUUAUUGUGUGUGUGGUAGGCGAUCCAGUGAGUCUGCUAGUGGAUCGUUGUUCGUUGUUGUCGGUUGCCGCUAUUGGUAGUGUCACGCGUUUUUUUGCGUUUCGAUCAUUUGAAUAGAACAAAGUUAGAAAAAUUUGCAACCAAUUUGCAUAAUUUAUUGCGAAAAAAAUACGCAGAGAGGAAACAUAAAGUGUGCACUUAUUAACGUACAUGCAUAUAGUAUACGUACAUGUGGACAUGCAAACACAUUUUGCGGAUUAAUAAAACCUCAAUUAAGACAAUAAAACUCGCUCAAAACUAAACCACAAAAAAAAAAUUAUAUGCAAAACAAAAAAUUGAGUGUGGCAAUGAAAAGUGUUUAAAAAUAAUAUAGUUUUCUAUUUAAUAAGUGAUAAAAGUGCGAAAACAACUAUCCAUAACGACACACAGAGCAAAAAAUAUUUACAACAAAAGAUUCUUGAGCAGAUAAGCUGAGAGAAAAUAAAUAAUUCGCGUUAAUAACAGGCAUUAAAUUAUACGCGCGAGAAGGAACUUUAUUCGACAACGGGGCGUAACAACUAUCAAAAAGCAAAAUUUUCCAAAAGCUCACCCCAUCAUCGCUAGAACCAAACGUAUUUGCAGUUGCAUCCCUACUCAACGCAUACUUUUUUACCUGACAGUUGGCGGUGUACCUCAUUUAGGCUACCAAACAUCGUACCUAGUCACCUAAAAUCUCCAGUCAACAGAGCUCCUUGCACUCACACACAUCAACACACACACACAUCCAUCGAAAAUGCCGCUGUUACGCACAAACUCCAGAGCGACACAACUGCCACUAACCUGCGCUUUUUCACUGCUGCUAUGCGCACUGCUCAUACAGGCUACGCCCACACCCAGCGCUGAAGUGUCGAGUAAUGUAAACGACACCAAACCAGACAACUGCCCCGCUGACUGUGAAUGCGUUUUGGCGCGGCAUACACAUUCGCACUUCCUGCAUGCCAAAUGCUCCAGUUUGGAGGGUUUGCGCUCGUAUGCACCCGAAGAAGACGCACUGCCCAUACAUUCGUUGGAUUUGUCUUAUUUGAAUUUGAAACGCUUGUCGCAUCCGCUGGAGAAGCUGCCCGAUGUGACAUCGAUUGAUCUCUCGCACAAUGAGCUGCACGAAAUCGGACAUCUAGGACGUCGCAUUAAGAAGCUGAACCUCAAACACAAUCGCAUUACGUCGAGCAAAUUAACUAAGCUGCCGGCGCAUUUGCAGGUGUUGAACUUGCAACACAAUGAUAUCACCAAUUUACCGUUGGAAUUCAAACGUUUGUCGAAUUUGGAGACACUCGAGCUGAGUCACAAUCAAAUCAACUGCUCUUGUGAGACAUUGGAAGUGCGCAAUUGGCUGCAGGAACGUCAUGUGUUCAUGGAACAUGCCAUCACUUGCACAUAUCCCACAGAGGUUCAGGGUAAGCCGUGGUUGCAGGUGAAACAAUCGGACAUUUGUGCGCGCGAAAAGAGUGGACGCCUUCUCGAUGAGGAGGACAAUGAGCUGAUGAUGGGCGAUCAACCAGUCGAGGGUUCGGGCGAUCAGGAUGAUGAGGAUGAGUUGGGCAAGGCAUUCAUUCCACUCGACAAGGCAAGCACUGUCAAGACAAGCGCGGUGCAAUUGGAUGCAGUUGAAGGUUCUGGCGAUUUGAGUGAUGUGAAUGCACCAGUCAAUUUGGUUAUGACCACACUCGUGCUAGCCAUGGAGAGUUCGCAAGAACAGGUUACAACUGAUGCGGCACCACUGCCGAUCGAACAAGUGGAAGAGGAAGAAGAUGGUUCAGGUAGCGGUGAUGGUCUACUGAUUAUACCCAACAUUGCACGCGGUCACCUCAUCACUGAUGAUUUCGAGGCGCCCGAUGAUGAUGACACUGACGACGCAUUCGACAAUAAGCCACUAGAGCAGCCCACUUCAGAGGAGAAAGAGGAGUCACAUAAGCAUGCAGAGGAUAUUUUCGGUGUCGGCAUGGGCAUUUUUGAUACCGACGCCAAUGGUGCUGAGCAAACCGAGGUACCCACCGAAGUCAAAGCAGAAGCGCCGGUUACAGAAGAAGUUAUCGUGCCCAUCGUACAGCACAAUGCCGAGUCGGAGAAUGUGCCCGAUGUAAAUACCGAGGGAUACUCGAGUGGAGAAGCCAGCGCCAUUUUAACUGCAAGUGCGGGCGGUGAACCCAAAGAUGAUAGUAGCGCCACCUACUUCUUAUUGGGUGUGCUCGGUCUCAUUGUUGUCGGCUUGAUACUCUUUGUGGGCAUCAAGCGCUGCAAACACAAUCGUAAUGCCGCACACGAUGCCGAAAAUCCACGUCAAACCGAACUACUCGACAUGGACAAGAAGAAUCUGGGCAAACCCUUGCGCAACGGCAACGAGCAUGCACCGCUUAUCGGCGAUCAAACCAAAUUGGACCUUGCGAAACCGAUCAAUGGCACCGGUCAAAAGAAACCAUACGAUGCGAACGAUGUGAAAGAUGGUCCCGGUCAACAGCAACCACUACUCAAGGGCAGCAAUGGUGCAGGAGCCAACGAACAAGUGGUGAACAAAGAAAAUGCGCCACCAGCCACAGAAGCAACUGCACCACACGAAUAUCAUCCCAUCACACCACGUUACCCCACACCAAAGUCGCCACGUGCCUCCAAGUAUGCACAAUACCCACCACAAGGUACCGAGCACAACAACAAUAAUGAUGAUAGUUAUCUGCCUUCGUCGCCCAAAUCAGGACGCUACUCGCCAGUGUAUUCACCCGAAACGGGACGCGUCAAAAUCAAAUUGACCGAAACACCACGCCCCAAAACACCAAUGUUGGUGACACGCAGCAAAUCGAAUGCGGGCGAUAUCAUAACGACGCCUGUAGUGGCGACGAACGGCAUCGACAACACUCUAACUGUGCCCGGCAUACAUGCGCCCACAGCGACGUUGGUGAAUGGCCACUAAGCGGUGUGGUGUGACGUGGCGCGGCGCAGCGUGGCGUGGUGCAGUGCUGUAAAUGGGUAGGGACAAACUGACUAACCGGCUGGGGCUGAAUGCGAGUACUGUAAACGGUGCUAUCGAACUAAAAUAACUAAAAAUUAACAGAAAUUUACAACAAAAACAUUUACAGCGAGAAAAGAAAUGCAAAUUGUGAAGCUUUUAAGCUUUGAAAGAAAGCGUGCGAAAAAAUUACAAAUACAUUUAGAGGUAAGGUUGUGAGAAUUGGUUAGGGAGAUAAUGCGGAAAAAGUUUGUGAAAUAUUGGCAUAUCGAUAUUCACUAUGUGCGAGUUUAAAUAUGGGAGGCUUGUGGGGUUUGUGUGCGCUCGCGUUCUUUUACCAUCUGUGGUCUUUUACACAGUGGGUCAAUUUCUAUUUGAACCCUGGUCACGGAGAGCAAUUAAAAACACAAUUCUGGUCCAAUGUGAAGCAGUGCCAUUGUAGACGAUUCUAUUGAUUAUCUCUUCAGUCACUCACUUUGAAUUUCCUACUUGAACUUUCCAAUGAAAGCAACAAUGAUUUUUGCUUUGACCAGGCCAUAGCGAUAUUGAUUAUACAAAUACAACAAUUUGUUGGGUUACUAUCGAAUAACAACUGAAGUAAGAGGAGGAAAGAAGGUACAAAUACUCUCACUUUGACAAUCAUUCACAAAUCAGCUGAUAAAACAGCGCCACCUUCUAUAGACUCGACUUGGAUCAGCCCAUACUUUUAGUGAACAAAUGCGCGAAAAUUCAACUCAACGUAGGCAAAAGCAGAUGAGAUGUGUGAGAGAAAUGAGAGAGGAAUCAUAGGCAAGGAUGAUAAAUAAAAAAUAUGAAAAGUUAAGUUAGGUUUUUUUUUUUUGUUG